GAACGCUCUCGAGUUGGCUCAAAGUUGUAAAAACUGGAAAAAGGGGGAAAGAAGAAGGAAGAUGAAGUUAGAUGAAAACAGACAGCUUCCAAAUUUCCCAAUUAGUUUGGGGGAAAAGAAAAUGGAGAAAUCCACCAACGAAACAGCCCCCGCAAAUCAUGCCUCUCGUUCGAAUUCCAGAUGCCUCUCCGCUCUUAUUUUUGGACCAUCUUCCUUCCUUCUUCUCCGACGAAUCACAGUUUCCUCCGACACACAGCGGCAAUCCAGAGAGAGCUUGGUUUGCUUCUUGCUUUUGCCGGAACAAGGAGAUUUGGAAAGGGGAGGCGGUCGCCGGAAAUCAAUUGGUGAGAAAUGUGGACUCAUAAUAAGGUUGUAAAGGAAAAGAAGGAGGCGGUCACCGGAAAUCAAUUGGUGGGAAUCGCCAUUGAUAAGGACAAAGGAAGUCAAGUUGCUCUCAAAUGGGCCACUGAGAAUCUCCUUCUCAAGGGCCAAACUGCCAUUCUCAUCCAUGUCAAACUCAGACCUUCCUCCCAUUCUGGCUCGUUCCUGACUUCUCCUAAGGUAAUGUCAACAACUGACAAUGGCAAUGGCAAUAGCAAUGUCUCGGUAAGCAAGGAAAUUGAUCCGAGCACGAGGGAGUUGUUCCUUCCUUUUCGAUGCUUCUGUACCCGUAAAGAUGUGUCUUGCAGAGACAUCGUCAUAGAAGAUGUAGAUGUUGGAAAAGCGCUGAUCGAAUAUGUCUCUCAGGCUGGAAUUGAUAAUUUGGUUGUCGGUGCCACGACUAGAAGUGGCUUUUUGAGAUUCAAGACGAUAGAUAUUCCGGGCAGUGUUAUCAAAGGAGCACCAGACUUCUGCAAUGUUUAUGUCAUAUCAAGAGGGAAAAUCCAAAAUAUGCGAACGGCGUCACGUCCUGCUCCUGCUUCUUCUCCUCUUCGAAGUUUAUUGCUGAGCCAAUCUGGUGUUGGAUCACAUUCAGCUGAAUCACAAUUUCCUCAGAUUGAAAAUAUGAGACCCGAAAAGCCUCCCCUCGAAGCAGCACGCCGAUCCCAGGACAACACCGAGUUCAGGUCACCGUUCACUAGGAAAGGCUACCAUGGAAAAAUGCCAGGGGAAAUCAGUCUGCCAGAUACCGAUAUUUCUUUUGUUAGCUCGGGAAGGCUGAGUGUUGACCGAUUGUUCCCUACAUUUUUUGACACCCCAGAUUCAGGAAGGACUCCCCCACGACUGUCCAGUGGCAACGAUUCUGAUAUAUAUGUUAGCUUCGAGUCACAGCAGUUCGGACGUAAAUCAUUGGAUGUAAACUAUCCACCUGAAUUUUCAUCGAUGUUAUCAGAAGAUGAUAGAUUAUCGACUUCGUCACAGAGUAUGGAAGAAGUAGAGGCUGAGAUGAGGAGGCUGAAGCUGGAACUAAAGCAAACUAUGGAAAUGUAUAGCACAGCCUGCAAGGAAGCAAUUACAGCUAAACAAAAGGCGAUAGAGCUUCAGCGAUGGAAAUCCGAGGAAGAACAGAGAUUAGAGGAGGCGAGACAUGCAGAGGAAGCUGCGUUAGCGAUGGUCGAGCAGGAAAAGGCAAAGUCUCGAGCUGCUAUGGAGGCAGCUGAAGCAUCUAAAAGGAUCGCUGAGUUGGAAGCACGGAAGAGAAUUAAUGCGGAAAUAAAAGCAUUCAAGGAAGCAGAUGAGAAGAAGAAGGCAUUAGAUGCUUUGGCAAACCAAGACGUCAGGUAUCGGAAGUACUCGAUCGAGGAGAUCGAAGCUGCUACCGAGUUAUUUUCAGAGUCUUUAAAGAUUGGAGAGGGAGGUUAUGGGCCUGUUUAUAAAGGUUAUUUAGACCACACACCAGUUGCAAUUAAGGUAUUACGUCCCGAUGCGGCUCAAGGAAGGUCACAGUUCCAGAAAGAGGUCGAAGUACUUAGCUGCAUACGACAUCCGAACAUGGUUCUUCUCCUUGGAGCAUGCCCUGAAUAUGGCUGCUUGGUCUAUGAGUUUAUGGGACAUGGUAGCUUGGAUGACUGCCUCUUUCGCCGGGGAGAUAACUCGAGACCUCUUUCUUGGCAACGUAGAUUCAAAAUUGCAGCUGAAAUCGGCACUGCCUUGUUGUUCCUCCACCAGACUAAGCCUGAACCGCUCGUGCACCGUGAUUUGAAGCCAGCCAACAUCUUGCUCGAUAACAACUACGUUAGCAAGAUUAGCGAUGUCGGUUUGGCUAGGCUUGUUCCCCCAUCUAUAGCAGACAGUGUGACACAAUAUCGAAUGACUUCAACUGCUGGCACGUUCUGUUAUAUCGAUCCCGAGUAUCAACAAACCGGCAUGCUCGGUGUAAAAUCCGACGUAUAUUCUUUGGGGAUCAUGUUUUUGCAGCUGAUUACAGCAAAGCCACCCAUGGGAUUGACUCACCAUGUGGAAAGAGCUAUUGAGAAAGGGACUUUGUCUGAAAUUCUUGAUCCAUCUGUUACUGAUUGGCCAGCUGAAGAAACCUCCUCCUUUGCAGAGUUGGCUUUAAAAUGUGCAGAGUUGAGAAGGAAAGAUCGACCCGAUCUUUGUAAGGUCGUUCUCCCCAAACUCAUCAAAUUACAAUCGCUAGCCGAAGCCAGCAUGUACUCGUCGACGAGGGACGGCGUUAGCAGCCCUGUGUACAGCCGCAGUCAGGCUACUACAAGAAGAGCAAGCUAAAGAGAUGUGGAUCCAAGAUGUGUAUUUGGAUCGUUAACAGCCCUAUGUCAGCCUCACGGUUUUAAGACGUGUCUACAAGUCAGAGGUUUCCACACCUUUAUAAGAAAUGCUUUGUGGGAUCUCACACCACUUUUAUAAGGAAUGUUUCGUUAUAAGACAAUCUAAAGAAGUCUGACACAGUCCUGCGCAUCCAAAAUCUUUAACAAUCCCAUCUCAUAUCGCAACAACUUCUUUACAAAAAUUCCAUUGCUCCGCACUUCUGGCAGACCCUCUGGUAUUGGACGGUGAAUCUUGCAAUAGCUAUGGAGUCUAAUCAUAGUCAUCGUAGUAAAAACUUCAUUUUCGAAAACAGACGACUGUGUAUUGUUCCAUAGGACGAGGAAAAGGAAAGUGAUAUAUUUUGUAAA